UGUUUUGUUUUGUUUUUUCUUGGUGUAUGUUUGUUUUAGUAGAAAAAUUGUGUAAUGGAUUUAGUUUUUGAUCUGUGAUUGAUCUGAUAAGAUUAACUAUAUGGGCGUUGGCUAAAAAAGUGAUCUUUAUGAAUUUUUUUUUGAUUACUUCAGCUUGAUGAGUAUUUUAUUAGAGAUGGUAGUGUUGUAAUUGAAAAUUCUGAUUAUACUUUAUUUGAGUUCAGCUCAGAAUUCAGAAAUUGUUUGAUAUGUUUUUAUCUCGUGGAUCUGAUGUGUUUUGAUAGUUUCUUGAUCUACUGAGUACUGACUUUGUUAGAAUUCGAUGAUUUUCUUAUCUUCGCGGAUUAUGGAGUUCUGUUCUUUGAUCUAAUCCAUGUUUAGAAUCUUUUGCAUUUGGAUUUUCUUUUUCUCUUAACUUGGCUGCUGCGUAUUGGAGGAAUAUAUGAAUAAGAAUGGACUCUCGUUAACUCAAUCGGACCAAUGAAAUAUCAUUGCUUUUUGAAAAAACUAUAUCUAGCUGAUGAUAAUUGGCAGCAGCAAACUGAUGCCCGGUGCACUAAGCUUUAGCUAUGCGCGGGGUCUGGGGGAGGGCCGGAUUACAAGGGUCUAUUGUAUGCAACCUUACCCAGCAUUUCUGCAAGAGCUAUCUCCACGGUUCGAACCCGUGUCCUCAUGGUCACAUGGCAGCAGCAGACUGAUGCAAUGACAUUAAUUUCCAUAAACGAAACCUAGCUAAUGCAGCGUCUGGGAUGGCUGUGCACGAUGACUGCAAGUUAAGGUUCUUGGAGCUGAAAGCCAAAAGGACUCACCGCUUUAUUGUUUUUAAGAUAGAGGAGAAACAAAAGCAGGUUGUGGUUGAAAAGGUUGGUGAGCCAACCGAAAGCUACGAGGAUUUCGCUGCAAGUCUUCCUGAUAAUGAAUGUAGAUAUGCUGUCUACGAUUUUGACUUUGUCACUGCAGAGAAUUGCCAGAAAAGCAGGAUCUUUUUCAUUGCAUGGUCCCCUGACACGUCGAGGGUGAGAAGUAAGAUGAUCUAUGCCAGUUCAAAGGACAGAUUCAAGAGAGAGCUCGACGGAAUUCAGGUCGAGUUGCAAGCAACUGAUCCAACUGAAAUGGGACUUGAUGUUAUUAAGAGCCGCGCCAACUAGAUAUCGAUGGAUAGGUAUCAGAUGGACCUUAUAAGUGAGAAAACUCCUAAUGCAAUCAUCUUUACUUAUUGGAAAUAUUUAUAGUGUGACAGAUACUUGGCCAAGUGCUACAGUUAUAUGUACUAUUUAAUGAACAAGUUUUAUGGUGUUUGGUAUAUGAUGUAAUUUGUUACUUCAGAAUUUAUUCUUCUGAGUGUUUCACUGGUAGCAUGAUUUACAAGCUAAUUGUAUCCAUUUUCUGAGGGAUAGGAUACAGUUAGAUUGCUUUUCAAUAUCUGAUUUGACACUUUGCCCUAUGAUUCUUGUUUUGGAAUGGAUACAAGCAAGCUUAUUGCUGUUC